AUGCCGAGAGCUCCGACCAAACCCGGUCUUAUCGGAUUGCUCAACCGGAUCCUCGGCCGGCCUACGCCGGUCAUCCACCACCGUCGCCGGUACUUGCAAACCCUAGCUUUUGAAGAGAUCAAAUCGUCAUCAGAAAAGCCACACGAGUUCACAGCGUUCGUACUCCACGGCCUCCUCGGCUCCGGCCGGAACUGGCGUUCCUUCUCUCGGUCCCUUGCCUCCUACCUCGCCCCCGCCCAGUGGAGGAUGAUUCUUGUCGACCUGAGAAAUCAUGGGAAGUCAGCUGAAAUAGAAGGAUUCUUGCCCCCUCAUGACCUUGAAAAUGCUGCGAAAGAUCUGUCAGAUUUGGUGAAAUCCGAAGGUUGGGAUUGGCCGGAUGUUGUAAUUGGACACUCUAUGGGCGGAAAGGUAGCUCUGCAGUUUGCCCAAAGUUGUGCCCAAGGGCACUAUGGAGAUAAUGUUAGCUUGCCCAAAAAGCUAUGGGUGCUGGACUCGGUCCCUGGGAAAGUGAUCCAAGAUAAUAGUGACGGUGAAGUAGAAAAAGUUUUGAAGACAUUGCAGAGUCUGCCUUCAACUAUACCAUCGAGGAAGUGGCUGGUAGAUCACAUGCUGGAGCUUGGGUUCUCGAAGUCUCUAUCGGAAUGGAUAGGUAGCAACCUCAAGAAAUCGGGAGAACAUGUGACAUGGGCUUUCAAUCUUGAUGGGGCUGUUCAGAUGUUCAAUUCUUAUAGAGAGAUGGACUAUUGGCCACUGCUGGAGCACACGCCAAAAGACAUGGAAAUCUCCAUUGUGCGUGCCGAGAAAAGCGAUAGAUGGGACCCAGAUUGUAUAAGGCAGCUUGAACACGUUUCUUCUAAGCGUGCAGAUGAUAAUGAGGGGAAGGUCUCGGUUCAUGUGCUGCCUAAUGCGGGGCACUGGGUGCAUGUGGACAAUCCUAAGGGGCUCCUUGAGAUUGUGGCUCCAGAUGUUGCGUCUGUUGUUUAG